AUGGAGGAACAUAGAGACCACCUACAAAAGGUUUUUCAGAAAUUAAAGGAGAACCAAUUGUAUGGAGAAAAAUGUUCCUUUACACAAGAGCGAAUAAACUUCUUGGGCCAUGUGAUAGAGUGUGGCGGAAUUGGGAUGGAAGAAGGGAAGAUUGCUGCGAUACGCGACCGGGCAGUACCGAAAUCAGUCUUGGAGUUAUGCUCAUUUCUCGGGUUAGCAAAUUACUACCGUCGAUUUGUCGAGGGAUUCUCCAAACGAGCAAGUCCACUGAUCGAGUUACUGAAAAAAGAUGUUCAAUGGAAUUGGGACCCCAAGUGUCAAGUCGCCUUCGAUGGCUUGAAGCAAGCCUUGAUGGAGGGGCCACUUUUGGGGAUUGCUGAUGUGACCAUACCUUUCGAGAUUGAGACAGAUGCGUGUGAUUAUGCAUUGGGGGGUGUGCACCUACAGAAUGACACCCGAUCACAUACGAAAUUCGAACGUUGA